AUGGAACGGCCAACGUUCUUCUAUAGUCCCUUCGUGGAUCUGAAGCCAAGACAUAUACCUCCCUAUCCUCCACCACUUUCUCCAGAAGUGAAGCAUCCAAUUUCUUCAUCACCCCGAGUUCCUGUCACAAAACCCAGCACAUCUUACAGAAUCGAUGAUAUCCUGAGUAGGCCCGAUCCUCGCCCGGCAAUGGUAAGCCUGCCUACCACCGCUCGUUACAGAACCAACCCCGGCAGUGCACCGUCGCGACUGUAUGGUUAUGGUCAUGACGUCCCAUACCUUUGGAGCGCAAUGUUACAAUCACAGUUUCGAGAAAGACUCAACGGUAUGUUAAGCCUUUCAUGUGUUAUUUUUAUAAAACAGACACAUGCAUAUCCUAUCCGCGAGAAAGCAUAUAUCCACGCAUGGGUCCGUGGUGGGUGGAUUCAAAGUUUUGUCUAUCUUGUGAAAUUAUGAUUUAAGCAAAAAGUCUAUAGCUUGCGCUUAGAGAAAUAAUCUCGCCAACAAAUUCAAAGAAGGAGCGUUUCCACCAAUUGACAUAAAAAUCGCCAUUAGCGUCACGUUAAAGGCUGUCCUUGCAAUCGGAAUAGACAAAGCCACGGAAAAAAAUUCAUUUUGCCCAUCCUUGAAGAAAAUUGCGACUUAAUAAAGUAAACCCGAGUGCAUAUCAAAGCGAUAACCUUGCUAUAGCUAAAAUUACACAAGUUAACUAAAAAAUCGCAAUGUAUGCAAAAGAAAUGAAUAUAUUUCUGCCGCAACUGAGGCGAACCUCGUAGCUAAUAAAUCAGCUUUCCUUUAGUUUACCUUAAGCCAUCUUUACUUUAUUGGGUAUUUUAUCCCAAGGCUUGUCUUCAUUACUAAUUUGACAGUAUUACGAUAAUAGCUACUAUAAUCCUUGAGAAUAACAUAUAUCCUCUUCAUUUCCUCCCCACACUUUCUGUUUGCCCAAAAUUCUUCACCUAAACAAACCAAGUUUACACAUGGAACGGCAUCUUGGAGAACAGACCAAAUGAUUAUUGUGGAAAAAAAUUAAUAACCUUUCCAAAGAAAUUAACCUUUGCAGUAUUAACAAUUUUUCGGUGCUCGUGCUCGCCGCGAUUGUGGGCAUUAACAGAGUUGUGAUGUAUGUGCGGCUUUAGCUAAUUACAUCAUCUAGACAAGCCUAAUACCACUAAUCCCAAAUAACUAAGCUAUAAACAAUUAUUUCUUCUAUUUUCCUAGCAGCUCAGAAUCAUCCAGUCUGUAGCGAAAGGGACACAGACAACAAACGAAAGCACACUCGACCGACAUUUAGUGGCCAUCAGAUCUUCGCCCUUGAAAAAACCUUUGAACAGACCAAAUAUUUGGCAGGGCCGGAGAGGACACGACUGGCUUACUCCCUCGGAAUGACAGAAAGUCAAGUCAAAGUUUGGUUCCAAAACCGAAGGACAAAAUGGCGCAAACGCCAUGCAUCAGAAAUGGGUGCAAAACUGAAAACGAACCCCAGUGAGGAACAAGAACUUGACGAGCCGGAGGAAAGGCGGGUAAAUGUUCAUGUUCAAGACGAUGACAGGUUUUAA